AUGGGUUGUAUUCAAAGUUCAGAGGCCAAAAAGCGAUCGAAACGAAUCGAUGAAAUGGUAAGCUUUUUCUAGAAAAUAUAUGUAUUAUACUAAAAAAAAAUAUUUAAGCUACGUCAUGACGAACUUCAAGCUGCACGAGAAGUCAAAUUGCUCCUCCUGGGAGCUGGCGAAUCGGGAAAAUCGACACUUGUUCGACAAAUGAGGAUUUUGCAUGAUCAAGGAUUUGAGCGAUGUGAAAGAGUGGCUUUCAAACCGGUUAUUUAUAGCAAUAUUUUGCAGGUUAGUGAGGGAGAGAGAGAUUGGAAAAAAAUAAAUCCGAGAGGAUUAGAGGGGGCUUUGAAGAUGUACUAAGUUGGAAAAAUAAUUUUGGUAAUUAGCAAGAUAACUUUUUUUUAAAGAAAAACUUUUUGGCCAAAUUAUGACCAAAAUUUAGUCAAAAAUUGAUCAGAAAUUGGCCAAAAUGGCAAAAUUUAUCAAAAUUUGGCCAAAUUUGACUAAAUUUUUUUUCUCUCUGACCAAAAAUUGGUGCAUUCCCAGCACCUAUGAGUACUAUAUGUUUUCUAGUAGUUUUCGACACGCUGAUCACUAUUCCGUUGUCGAAAAUCGCAGAACUCAAUUCCUAUUAAGUGGCAAAGUUUGAGGGAUUUUUGAAGCUGAAAACUAGCUGAUUUUCAUGCAAAUCUGAUUUUUGAAGAUCGAAUUCACGAAAAGUCAAAAAACGUCGAGGUCAACAUUAGUUUUCUGAGUUUUAGAGCCAAAAAUGAUGACAAAUCAAAGAUUUUCAAGCUUCUGGGGUGAUUUCUAAUGAAAUUAAGCUUCGUAAACCCUAUUUUUCCUCAUUUUAUGUUUUUUUUUCAUCAGAAAUCACCCCAGAAGCUUGAAAAUCCUCGAUUUGUCAUGAUUUUUGGCUGAAAAACUAAUUUUUUUGACCUACAAUGUUUUGGCUUUUCGUGAAUUUUUUUCGUUCAUGAAUCAGCAGAUUUGCAUGAAAACCAUUUAGUUUUCAACUCCAAAAAUCCCUCAAACUUUGCCACGUCAUAGGAGUUGAGUUCUGUAAUUCUAGACAAUGGAAUAGUUAUCAGCGCGUUGGAAACUGCUAGAAAACAAAUUUUAUUUAAAAAUUGCCAAAAGCCUAUCUUGUGAGGUACGAAAAAUCGCAAAAUGACUUGGUUUUUAAUUUUUCAAGGUUAUUUUCACGUCAAAUAUGAAAAUAGGGGCAUUUCUAAUUUCUAGAUGUAUUCCUAAACCUUAUUUCAGUCCCUAACCGCUAUUAUUCGAGCAAUGCCAACUCUCAACAUCCCAUUCUUGGAUGAACAACUCGAAAAUGAUGCAAAAACAUUCCUAGCCUUCAAAAUGGACACCGAUGAGAUCCCCGAAGAAAUGGUUGAUAUAAUGAAAUCAAUUUGGAAAAACGAGCAAAUUCAAAAAGGCUUCGAAAGAUCGCGAGAAUAUCAGCUCAAUGAUUCAGCACAAUAUUAUUUGAAUGCGCUCGACAGAAUCGCAACCACCUUCUACAUUCCAACGCAGGAUGAUAUUUUGCGAGCGCGUGUCAAAUCCACCGGAAUUGUUGAGACACACUUCGUUUAUAAGGAUUUGUUAUUCAAAAUGUUUGAUGUGGGGGGACAGAGGAGUGAGCGAAAGAAAUGGAUACAUUGUUUUGAGGAUGUUACCGCAGUUAUGUUUUGUGUUGCGUUGAGUGAAUAUGAUAUGAAACUAGCGGAAGAUGCGAAAAUGGUGAGUGAGAAAUAUUAUCGAAAAUCUCAUCGUUACUCCACGCGCUCCGAAAUAAACACGCAACGCAGACCGCGCCGCGCCACAACACACACGAACGAUUCAAAUUCCCUCCCUUUCUGUGUGUGUUGUGGCGCGGCGCGGUCUGCGUUGCGUGUUUAUUUCGGUGGAGCGCGUGAGAUUUUCGAUAAUACACACAUCUUUGUGUGUGUAUCAAUAGAGCGCGUUUGGUCGCGUGUUCAAAUUUCAAAUUUAUUUUUCUUCAUUUUCUAUCGAAAAUGAAUGAAAUUUCAGAAUCGAAUGCAUGAAUCAAUGCAAUUAUUCGACUCAAUUUGCAACAAUCACUGGUUUAUUGAAACCGCCAUCAUCCUCUUCCUCAACAAAACCGAUUUAUUCGCCAAACAACUCAAAACAUCAUCAAUACGUGUAUGUUUCACGGAUUAUUACGGUGAUAAUAGUUUCGAAGACACGGCGGGAUUUAUUCGAAAAGAAAUUCGAAAGACUAAAUCGUCGCGAAAAAGAGGUUUAUACACAUUUCACAUGUGCAACUGA